GCAUUUUUGUUUUUGGCACCACUUUAGCUAAAGCUAAAUCCCAACAUUAACGGUUGUCCUUGCAUUUUGCUGAAGCCUACUAAAGAGAGUGUACUGGCUCCAUAAACUUAAAGAGAGACUGACCAAAGGAUGAAUCCACUUGACUGGGAUGCUGUUCGAACACUUCAAAGAAAUUGGCACCCAAAUCACCAGAAUGAUGUUCAUAACAGCAUGGAGAACUCAUCAAGAACUAGUAAUAACUGGGACCCUCACUGUGAUUACUCAAGACAUACUGCUGAUGAAGCACAUAGCAGCAGGAUGGUGGUGAAUGUAGACAGGAAGAGACUCUCUCCUCCCCCUCAUAACUUCUACAUGAAGGAAUCAGACCUGGAGGACCCAGACGGAGCACCAGUUGAAAUAGAAGAGGAUGAUCCAGAGCUGAUAAGAAAGUGUAGAGAGCUCAGAGAGAUCGAGGAGAGGAUUAUGCUGAAAAAAGCUGCUAUUGCCCUAAAAACAGUUGAACCUUUUGUGAGGAAGACGGCACCUCCAGACUUUUCUCCUGAUAAACAACCAGCCACAUGCAAAGGUGCAUCUCUUAAAGACAGGGUGAAUGUAAUUUUGCAGCAGCGACAUCCUUUUGGGUUUUUCUCAAAGGUGCAUUUACCUAAAGAGAGAAUGAACUCCUCCAGCCUGCAGGACGACCAUCCCCUGAAGCUCAGAGUGAAGGCGCUAAUGAAGCAGAGAUCGAUGGAUUCGUGUGUUUUGUCAGCGAACAGAGAGGUCCCUGACGUCAUACAGCCUUCUACCAGCCAAAGAGUUACCUCAGCAGCCACAGAGGACAGCAGCGUCAACGAAGGUUUCCAGCGCUUCCUCAGGGUGCUCAACAAAGGUGUGGACAUGGACGUGGAGUUUUCUACCAGCCAAAGCGUUACUUCGCCAGUCAUGGAGGACAGCAGUGUCAGCAAGGGUUUCCAGCGCUUCCUCAGCGUGCUCAACAAAGGCGUGGACAUGGACUUCCUCAGUAGGAUUGUCAACGAUGACAGCGAGGACAUUCCUUUAGGGAAGGAGGUCCCGAACAUUCAGCCCCCUGCUGCAGAGAACAAGUCAGAUCCACCCGUUAGUAGUGAGAGCCAGCGAUCUAAUAGUGGAGCCUCACUGCCGGGCCGCACUCGGACCAGCAGUGGAAAGAAGACAGACCUGCCCCAGUAA